AUGGUGCACCCUCCGAUCAAGAAGGAGGAGUUCCUGAGUGCCGUGACACUCGUUUCUUUCUCAUAUGAUGGAUCUCUAUUAUACGUUGGCGUAGGUCCGACGGUAUUCCUGUACGCUACUGGGACUGGCCAGCUUCUGGGGAAGCACGAGGUGUUGACGCGAGGCGUUCUGCACGGUUGUGACAUCGUCAGACUUUCGGCUUUAGAUAAAUCGUUUGUCGGCGCCUUCUUUGGUCAAAAACGCGUGUCAUGUUUCCAGAAUCUGCCGCAGACUUGUGAGGCCGCUUGUGAACUUGAGGAGCUUGCUGUGCUGGCCAAACCGAAAGUGUUUUGCGAUUGGGUGUUCGACAAUCUACUGGCUGCAGUUGGACUGGCUCACAAUUUGGUGCAGAUAUGGGAUCCACUGCGCAACGAUAUUCUCCGCAGCGUGCAGUGUGCUGAGCGCUGCAUUUUGUACGCUUUGGCGUUCCACGGACGAUCACUGGAUGAGCUUGUGGUUGCUUCUGGGACGGUUUUCCAGCAAAUUUUGCUGUGGAAUCCCAUGGAGAAUGGAAAGAAUGCGUUGAACACUGCCGUAGAGCCGGCCCAACGGCUACAUGCGCAUGAUGGCGUGCUCUUCAAAUUGGCGUGGUCUUCGGACGCACGCUCAUUGGCCUCCGUAUCCGAUGACCGAACGGUUCAAUUGUGGUCGCACAAUGGGAUAAUCACAGCUGAACAGCUCCAUUUACCACGAACGCUAACCCGUGCUGAGCUUCUUGCGAACGAGUAUUCUCCAGUGUUUCGUGCCUGGGGUCACUCAGCGCGCGUUUGGGACGUGUCUUUCUGGGAGCACGGCGUGGUAACAGCGAGUGAAGAUGGCCUUUGCAAGCUCUGGGAUCUCCACGGCAAUUGCAUCGCCACACUACAAGGUCACAUGGGCAAGCAUGUAUGGCGUGCAGCUGUCCAUCCUUCGCUAACCAUGAUUGCCUCGGGAGGUAGUGAUGGCGCUGUAAAGCUCUGGGACAUCGCACACCAGCGUAUGUCUUUAUCUGAUGGGCCAGGAGCCACCGACUUGUGUAAGACUGUUCGUGUCCCUAUUGCGACAGUAGUGUCCUCAUCGAAGAAGAAGAAAGGAGCUCCAUCGUCGCGCAGUGUACGAAACAUCGUACUGAGUAUCCAGGAUAACGCCAAGACAGCGUUCGUAGCCUCCGAGCACGGUGAUAUCUUCCGUCUGGACCUUUUGUCGCUCACAGCAGAACACUUUUUUACUAUUCCCCCAAUUAACGAAGGCAUCGUUCAGGCACGAACCGGUGGCUUGUCGACCUUCACAACGGAUUCGUCCGGACGCUUCUUGCUGCUCGGUGAAAUAACGGGCCGCGUGUGUAUCGUCGAGGUAGCCACUGGUAUUUUGCUGUACUCAUGGAUUACCCAGCCCAACGUACGAGUUAUGAAGAUUUGGUGGGACCUGGAGGACGCUCUAUUUAUCAGCAGUGCUAAUGCAGUUCUCUCUGAAUGGAAACCAGCCAAAGUACAGACCAACAAGAGCUUGGCUUCACGCGUGAUCACAAUGGAGCUUGUGGCAUCAUUCAAGAUCCCAGCCAAGAGCUCAACAUCUUCGAUUUUGGUCGUUGAUCGCUUGACAACCAGAAAUGUCAUCGCAGGCGAUGGACACGGUGGUGUGUAUGUAUUCAACCGCUCACUCAUUUUAACGGAAAGCGAUGAUAAGCUCAAGACGAUGCAGGCCCCUGCUGUCGUGCUGAAAGGAGUUCACGGGCGUGAAUUAGUUGCUUCUCUUCUUCUAUCCGAAGAAAGUGAAGACGCUCAGAAUAAUGAGACUUCUAUGUUGUCGGGGGGACACGACGGAUACAUUUGCCGAUACGUACUGGAAGCAGAUGCAAUUGGAGCGCUUACAACUACACAGGUGGGUCGUGAGUCUAUUCGAGGCAUUUCCACAGUCAAGCAGCUUUGGUGGAGCAAAGCGUCAUCUGCCCACGGUAAAACAAAGCACGACCUUAUGGUUUUUGGAUUCUACGCGGCACAAGCAGUUCUGCACAACUUCUCGGCGCAGUAUCGUAUCUUUAACGUGGAGUGUGGUGGUUGGCGCCGACCACACGCCCUUUUCACGAGACCGAGUGAGUUCGACUCCGCCUUGCCCUCACACACAUUUGUGUUCACGCCACCAGCGAUUCAAAAGCAGCAAGUUGAUGUCAAGGUGCACUCUACUCUUCUAAGUGGAAUCGAUGGUGCCGAGACUUUGCCGCGUUUCUCCAAAUGCUCACUACAUGAUCAUCAUCACGGACGCAUGACGACUUGUGUGGCUUUCCUCGGAAGUGAGCGUUUGGUUACUGCUGCAGAAGAUAACAGCCUCAUGCUUCAUCGCCAACGCGAUCACGGUAGAACAAACUCGCGUUGGGGAAGUGUGGCUACAGGAAUCGCCCAUACGACUACGGUCCGGGCGCUUACUUCGUUCCAACACACAAAUACUGAUGGUAUUGAGGAACACAUCCUUCUGUCCGGAGGCGGUAAACAACGUCUAAAUGUGUGGCUAGUUCGCGGACAAAGCGACUUGCUCCGUCAUGUUUGUGGCCACGAACGUGCUGAGGCAGCGCAGGACCACCGCAUUCUCGGGCUCGCUACGUUUGCGGUACCUGAUGCUUCGAACUCGUAUCGACUAGUGACGGCUUGUAAUUCCGAAGGGUCCACUCAGCUAUUGCUGCUGGAUAUAUGCCGUGGCAAACUCUUCGAGAUUGGUGACUUCCACUCGGCCUCAAGAAAGCCAAUUUUGUCCUGCGCUGGCUUUCAGAAAGGUGCUGAUGACGCAGUGCUUGCUGGUCUAGCAGUUGGCUCUACGGAUGGUUUAGUGACGCUAUGGGACUUGAGCGAUCUGCAACCUAGUGGCAACUACUUGGCGCACGAUAUGGGUGUGAACUGCAUCAAUCUUGUCUCCUGCAACAAGAGCAAGACGGAAGAAAGCCUUGACGUGACUCUUAUCAGCGGUGGAGAUGACCAGAAUUUGAACCUGCGUGAGCUGCAAUUCCCAGAGUGUCGAAUGCUUUCUGAAGCUGGGACAAUUAACGCUAGUGGCUCAGCUAUCAAAGCCGUUGCAUGUGUUGAUGCCGAGUUCAUUUUUGCCGCUGGAUACGACCAACGAGUGAGCAAGUGGAGCAUUUGUCGCAACGAGAACGACACCGAGCUGGAGUGGCAAGGAGCUGCCUUCUCUGAAUGCGCCGAUAUUGCCGAUCUCGCAAUUCGACAAACCUCGACUGGAAGUGACGAAGUUGUUGUCGUCGGCCAAGGUCUGCAAAUUUUGCACUUCCAGCGCGAGUAA